AUGAAUGGUUCUUGCUGGUUAAUUAGAAGAUUAUUCAAUUAAUAUCUAAAUGAAAAAACUUACACUUAGUUAGAUAAGCUAAGAAUUUAUUAAAAAAAUAAAAUAUUAAAAUCUAAAACAAUUGUUAAAUUAAAUAGCCAAAUAAAUAUUAAUGGAAAUAUCUAUCAAAUUACAAUUAAUAAUAAUUUAAUUCUAAAAAAGCACUAAAAAAAAUGUAAUUAAAUCCUAAAUUCCAGGGAUAAUCAUUAAUUAUUCAAACAAAAUAGUAACACUAUUUUAUAGUUUACAAAAAUUAAGAACAGAAAUUUAAAUAAUCUGGAAAAUCUUUAUCGUUACAGUAAUAAAAAAGUGAUCCAAAAGAAUGUCCUAGAUCUGUAUAUGUACACAAAUAUUCACUGAUCUAGAUAGUCUGAGUUUCAACUUAUUCUAAAUAUACCAAAACCAAUAUCCUUUGCCUGA